CCAGAAGAAGCAGAGAAUAUGAAGAUGAAGAGCGAGCAACUUGAGACAAUCAUCCAGACUGUUCCGACAGCGUCGUUGCAGGAGGAGGGCGACUCGCAGGAGUUCCUGGCGGCGGAGCAUGCGUUGACCUUCUGGCCCGCCCUGCGCCAGCACUGCCCAGCCGUUGCGUGGGCUUUAUUUAUGAACCUGGCAAGGCUCGCCUGCAGCCAGCGCCCAGCUGAGAUUUACAUAUGCUGAUGAAGACUGGCUCAAUGACAGGCAACCAUUCUCAAAGGAAUUACUACCAGGAUGGCGGGGUGGUCAAAGGACUGGUCGGGCUCGAUGUCUUCAAACAGAACUACGGCUACGAGCAUGAGGGACGCUACAUUCUUGCUGCGCGAUGGCUCUCGGCUUUCAACUACGCCAACCCCCUGGGUGCCAUUGUGGGCGCGCUCGGCGCCGGCGUCGCCUACGACCGCUUCGGGCCGCGCAUCCUGAUCACCGUGUGCUCCUGCCUGUCGAUCGGCUUCAACUUCGUGCAAUUCUUCAGCCAGACGCCCGCCCAGCUGUUCGUGGGCGAGCUGAUCAACGGCUGCGUCAUCGCCUUCUAUCCGAUCUGCGCCUCCGCCUACGUCGGCGAUGUGACCCCGGACCAGCCUCAAUCCGGCAUCCUGAAGGGGACAACCUCGCUGGACAGCGAAUAAUCCUACCGCAUCCCUAUCGCCACGCAGUGGGCGCUACCUUGCAUCAUGCUGGCCUUCGUCCCUUUCUGCCCGGACCCCGCCCUACUGGCUAUGCGAUCGGGCUGGCGACGGUGAGCUGUUUGGUCUGGUCGGUGGUGUUUGCGGUGGUGAUUCCCUACGCGAUGGACGCGGACGAGGGGAACUGGGGCGGCAAGUUGGGGUUUCUGUUUGCGGGCGCCAGCUUCGUUUCCGCGGGGAUGUGUUUCUGGUGGUUGCCCGAGACGCAGGGGCGGACCUUUGAGGAGCUGGAAGCGAUGUUCGAACAGGGGGUGCGGAGUCGGCGGUUUGAUCGGUGUGUGGUGGUCAUUGGGGAAGUCGAAGGCGGAGUCGGUGGCAAGCAGGGAGGACGGGAAGGGAAAGCGCAAGGUCGAGUGGGGCAUUCGGGGGAGGCGUUGAAAAUGGGUUGAGAUGUGCAGGGAUGCAGUAUCGUGUGGUGUGGUGCACUUUGCAGCGAGAGAGAGAGAGAGAGAGUAAACCAGGUCGGUGGAAGAACCCAAAGAGGCAAAAGCCGAGGGACGCUGCGGGAUGGACAGGGAUUAAUAAUAAUCCAUCCAUGCCGAGAAUUUAAACUGCUGACAGGGAUCAGUCAGCAGUGCAUAACUAAGUGCAUCACGACACAAUCCCACUUUCCUCUAAUUCCUUCCGUCGAUC